AUGACCAGGCCGCUACCCUUCAAGACUUCUCUAACAGAAAUAAGCCUUGCUUUUAGGCCCCGUCAGGAACCCCUCGAAGUUCAAGGUCAAGAGCAAACUCGGAGAGCUCUCGCAGAUCUAUUGCGCAAGCAUUCCUCGUCUCCUCAUGACUCUAUCAGAGUGAAAUUCCGAAACUUCAGUGAUUACCUCUCAACAGUUGGAGCGGGCGAGCACAAGUUACAGGAGCAAAUCAGACUGGCAGAGACCGCACCCAUUGAAUCAUGUAGCCUCAUGCUGACGAAGCGCGCAAACAGAAAUGUUCAAGAAUUCAAUGCCUUCUUCCGUACGCCUCCCUGGUACCGUGGCAAGCUUCAGGCCGGCGACAAGGCACUUGUGUCUCUUUAUUUGCCGAACGGACGGCGCGAGCGUUGGCUGAUGCGAGUCAUCGAACCACCUCAUUAUGCACGGGCUUCUGAAAUUGUAGCAGUGCUCUCACCAGCACCGGAAUGGCGUGGCGGUGAUCAAAUCAAGCCUAUCACGCCUCCUCCACCCAAAUUCACAGGCCGCGAAGAACUUGACUGGAUCCUAAAACAGACAGGCAUACGAGCUAGGAUCGCGCCAGAGUUUCGUCACAGCCUUUGGUAUUACAUCACGAGAGCUUCAGAGGAAUUAUUUCACCGCUCUUGUCAGGUCUCUAUUGAUCCAUUAGAAAAAUCAGCCCUUGACUUCUUAGUGGGUAAAUUCGAAGACUUGCGAGAAGUCAACAUCUAUUCAACACUCCAUGACGAGUCCCUCGCGUCAAACGCGCUUAUGGAUCUUAACGACGGUCAGAAACAGGCAAUCGAGAUGGCGAAGAAGGCUCCAGGUGGAUUUCUGAUCUGUCAUGGCGGCCCUGGCACCGGGAAAACGCACUUCAUCAUCGAGGCCGUGACUCCCUUCCUCAAGGACUCCGCAAAAAAGCACAAGCUGCUGCUAACUGCAGCUACCAACCGUGGAGUGGACUCGAUGGCUUCCGCUCUCUCUGAUCGAUUGGAAAAGUUGUCGAAGGACGACUCUUCAUUGAAGAGUCGCUAUGUUCUACGUGUGCACAGCUAUAAAACUGAGAAGGCCAUUGUUAUGAGGCAGGCGGAAAAAGACCGUCGGCGUAAUUUAUGCAAGAAGCCUGCCAUCUCUACAAAGCCCGCUUCGGACCAGACCUCAGAAAACACGGAUGCGACAGGUUCAAUCUCUGCACAUUGCGCAACCUUUUCCUCCAGCAAAUUCGAGCUAGUCGACGACCACAGAGUCCAAAAUAUCAGUCUGUCUGUUGGGCAGAAAGUCUUGGAACUCCAAGGCCUCGUCAAGCCAAUGCCCGAAUCCAAUCGUCCAAGCACGCCCGGAAAGUCCGAGGGUUUUGUCAGACUUUAUAGGAAAUACGGUGAGGGCAUUCCAUUGACGGAGCGCGAAAAUACCAAGCUAGAAGAGUCACUCGAUGAAGUCUUGGGUGCAGCUGUCCGAGGGGCCACAGCGUUAUGUGGAACAGUUGGAGGCGCUGCUGAGUUCAACAUUUCGAGACACUAUUCCAAUGCCGAGCUCAUCAUCAUGGACGAAGCAGCUCGCAUCCCAGAAUUCGAAACCUGGACACUUUUCGCAUUUUACCCAAAAGCUCUCGGUAAAAUUAUGGUUGGCGAUCCUGAUCAAAUGGGGCCUCAUAUCGACGAAUAUGAGGAGGUCGAGCCUUACCAUGAACAGUUGAGUAUGUCUUUGCAAGAGCGAUGCCAAGAUGCAGGAUUCGGAUCAGCUUUCUUUACGAUUCAGUAUCGUGCCAUACCAGAGAUUGCAGACAUAUACAAUCGAGCUUGCUACAAGAAUCGUCUCUUGCAUCACGAAACAACGAGCGUCGACCAUCCAAAUCGCGCCUUAGCUGAUGCGUUAAAAAAGCAUAAUAAGGAGAAGUAUGAAUGCGACGCUUCGGUCGUUUUCUUCGAAAUUCCAUCGGCGAUAGAAUCAAAAGUCUACGGAACCUCAAAGGCGUGCGAACAAUACGCAGCAUGUGUAAUCAAUAUUCUCGAGGAUCUUCUCUCGGCCGAUUUUGGAAGCGACGUCAGACCUUGCACAAUCGCAGUUCUCACCCCUUACAGUGGUCAAUUCAAAGUGCUUAGCUUGGCCAAAGACAAGAUGCGAAAGACAUACCCUGCAAUUGAGAAAGUGAUCAUUGAAACCGUUGGCAAAUCUCAAGGUAUGCAAUACGACAUCGUCAUUGCAGACCCGGUACUUGUCGACGGAAAGCCAAGAUUUCUCACGCAGAAACGACUGAACGUGUUCCUUUCUCGUGCACGACAUGGAUUGUAUGUUGUCGGAAGGUAUCAAGUGUGGAGGGGAAUGGAUUGGGUAGAAGCUGAACCUCUCCAGGCUUUGGGUAUGGCAUUGUGGCAAUAUCGCGCGCCCUCGACUGUGCCAGUCCCGAGACAGUCAAAGUUCAUCGAUUCCGGAGUGUUCAGGUCCUAG